GACCUGUUUGUACGCAUUACCCAAAGUGGCCGAGAAAGUCAACUAAGAAAAGGCAAAUGCAGAGACCCCUACACCAAACAGGCCUACAAUUGGAAGGAGAGUUGGCUCCGCCGCGUCAAAGAGAGAACGGAGUAUUGUCGGUGUGAGAACAGCGGCAUCUUCUGCCAUGCAGUCCCUGUCAGAGGCUGCAUAAAGCCACUUUGCCUCCACGGGGGCCGCUGCCAGAAAGCCUUGUAUUCCCCCAACCUUUUCAUUUGCUUCUGCCCACCGGGCUUUUCGGGGAAGUUCUGUGAAAUUGAUACCAGAGCUAUGUGUUACCAGGAUGGAGGGGACACAUACAGGGGGACAUGGAGCACAACGGAGAGUGGUGCGGAAUGUGUGAACUGGAAGACCAAAGCUUUGCGCUUCAAAGGGUUCCUCCACGCAGAUCGCCCAGACGCCUUGCAGUUGGGGCUUGGUGAUCACAAUUAUUGCCGAAAUCCAGAUAAAAGCUCAAAACCCUGGUGCCACGUUCUUAAAAGAAAUGUGUACGUCUGGGAAUAUUGCAGCAUUAUGUCCUGCGCCGACGAAAAACAUUCCUGUGUUUUGGGAAGAGGCACCGACUAUCGGGGCAGCCACCACCAAACAGCAUCGGGGUUGACGUGUCUGAGAUGGGACUCCCACCUCAUUGACAAGAAUGUUUACAAUGCCAUCCAUCCCGAUGCCCAUCAACUAGGCCUCAGCAGCCACAACUACUGCAGGAAUCCUGACAAUGACACUCAGCCGUGGUGCAAUAUAUUCAAGAAUGGCGUGACAAAAUGGGAACAUUGUGACGUGCCAGUCUGCUCCACUUGCGGGCUGAGGAAGCACAAAGUGGCCGAGAUCCAGAUCAAAGGAGGUGCAUAUUCAUAUAUUGAGUCCCACCCGUGGCAGGCGGGCAUUUUUGUGAAGAACCGAGGUCUAGAAGGUUAUCACUGUGGUGGGAUCCUCAUCGAUUCCUGCUGGGUCCUCUCAGCAGCUCACUGCUUUCCAAAGGGGAGCUUUGAUCCCCGACGCCUCAAAGUUGUCCUGGGCCGGACAUUCCGUGUGAAAUCAUCCGCCACAGAGCAGGUCUUCCAAGUAGAGAGAUACAUUACACAUGAGAAGUACAACCCCAGGACUUUGGACAACGACAUUGCCCUGCUGAAGUUGAAACACCCUUUUGAAAACUGUGUCACAGAAACUGACAGUGUCCAUCCAGUUUGUCUCCCCAAAGCUGGACUCCAGCUGCCCGACUGGACGGAAUGCGAGGUGUCCGGAUAUGGCAAGCACGAAAUGUCUUCGCCUUUCCACUCAGAACGCCUGAAGGAAGGACACGUGAGGCUCUAUCCAGACAGCUUCUGUACAUCUGCACGACUCGCAAAUAGGACCGUCACCGAGAAUAUGUUGUGUGCAGGAGAUACGCGACAACUUCACGACGCCUGCAAGGGUGACUCCGGAGGCCCCCUGGUUUGUCUGAACGAUGGCCGCAUGAGGUUAAUCGGCAUCAUCAGCUGGGGGGUAGGCUGUGGCACCAAAAACACGCCGGGCGUUUACACGCGCGUGGUGCGCUACCUGAACUGGAUCCAGGAGAACGUCCGUUUCUGAGUCUUCGGGGCUUCCUUGCACCAGGGAAUCGCACCCUGGAAACGGGGCUGGGAAGCCGGUAUCACUCGGGGUGGGGGGCGGAAGACACACACUUUGUGUGGGGCCCCCCCCUCCUGCAACGACGGUCUGUGCGGCCGGGCUUAGGAACCGGGCUAGAACGAUAGUAUUGGGGGUUGUUGUUUUUUCCCCCUCCAAGAAGCACUUCUAGACAUACCUAAGGCUGGAUGCUUACAGGUCAUCCUCGGGUUAGGACCACAACGGAGACCAGAAUUUUUGUCGCUGAGCGAGACAGUGAAGUGAGUUUUGCCCCGCUUUACGACCUUUCUGGCCACGAUUGUUAAGUGAGCCCCUGCGGUUGUUAAGUUAGUAAGCCUGUUGUUAAGUGAAUCUGGCUUCCCCGUUGACUUUUGUCUGCCAGAAAGUCGCCCGUGACUCCCCAGAACACGGCAACCAUCGUAAAUACAAGUCAGUUGGCCAAGCCUCUGGAUUUGGAUCACGUGACCCUUAGGGAAUGCUGCAACGAUCCUGUGAGAAACAGUCUUAAGUCCCUUUUUCCAGUGCUGUUGUAACUUCGGUCACUAAAUGAACUGUUGUAAGUUGAGGACCACCUGUAUUAGUUACAACAUCACCUGAGCCCUGCCUCUGCCUCUAUAGUCUUCUGGAAAAGUCCUCCUUUGGGGAGACUGAGAGUAGAUGGGCCCUGGGCUGGCCCUGGGCUUCCUCAAAUAUGCCUCCUCUGGUUUAUUUUAUUUUAUUUUUAAAUCCUCUUUCUAUAAAUUAAGGGAAGCAUUUCAAGGUCUUUUCUACAAAACUGAAGAAAUCCUUGGGGGGAAAACCAAUAUAUAUUUAUAUAUAUAUAAAGGAGGAAUCGGUAAUCACUUUGCGCACCCCCGUCCCUCCAUAAAACUUCAAAGAUUAUUUUUAUACUCUGUAAAUAUUUCACGUUUUCUGUAUAAAAUCAAAACCCUGUUUCCCGGUGUGCAGAGUUGACAAGUCUUCUGCUCAUCAAAAAGACUAUUGGGAAUCAUCUCCAGUAUGUUUUAAUGCAUUAAACUUUUUAAAAUUAAAGUUAUCCUCGUUUUGCUUCACACCAUACCUGACACACAGUUUGCCUGCUAUGUUUCUGUAUGAUUUACUGGACUAUGGCGGGGGAAAUUUGAAGGGGGACAGGGGUAAAAUGCCCACAGCUGCUUCAUAUUCUCGAAUAAAUGACCUUAUUUACAUGCAUCAGAUUAUACACAUAUUCUCACAGCAGCUUGUAAAAGACAUUUAUGCUUGGAGCAGCUGGCUUUAAUGGAAAAGGAUGUGAUUGUCUCUCUGUGUGUGGUCUUUGUCUCUACAUAAGAUGCAGUUUUUAUGUAAAAGUAUUUUAGUCUACAUACAUAAUAGUUGUUAGUAAUACGAUUGUU